AUGGCAAAAACACCAAGGCUGUUGCUUGUUUUAUUGUCUCCCCGAAGGAAAAGGCCGGUAAAAUUAAUGGUUAUCACUAUCACAUUGUUUACUUUAUACCAAACAUUUACAGUAAGUACGAAAGGAGGCAUACCUCUGAUUUUGAAAUCUCUAGCUUUUCAUCGUGAUCAAAAUUCAUGGGGAAAGUCUUCAUUUGAUGUUGAAAAUAGUGAUCGCAAGCUCAAUUUAUCUGGCCUUAACGCUCAUGUCUGGUACGACUUCUGCCCAACUUCAAUCAAAGCUUUUUGCCACCACCCGUUCUUUCCCGAACAGCCAAACGAGAGACUAUUUGCCAAGCAACUAAGCCUAACAAGAGGUCAAGGCAAUUAUAUUCAAAGAAUUUUCGGGUUCUUACAUCCCCCAAAGACAGGAAAAUACAGGUUUGCCAUCGCUUCUGAUGACAUGUCAGAACUGUGGUUAAGUCCCAGUGAAGACCCUUCUGAGGCCAUUUUAAUUUGUAAAGUAGAUGAGUGGGUUCAAAGAGGCGAAUUUCAGCGCCAUUCCUUACAAACCUCAAGCAUAAUAGAGCUUCAACAGCACCGUAAAUACUACGUCGAGGUACUUCAUGGUCAACUUGGGGGAGAUGAUUUUGUGGUCGUUGCAUGGAGUUUACCUGGCAUGGGGACGGUGUUCAAACCAAUUGCCUUGAAUUAUACUUCCUUGUUUGUUGACGACAUCAAUACUCCGCACAAUUACCACAUGGAGAUCUCAAGCGCUGCAUGCGAAUCAAGACCCCAUCAUCAACACAAGAAAAAUAAUUCUGUCAAUCCCUUGCCAGUGUAUCUUUCCCAUCAGACAGUAGCAAAUGUUCUUCCUUACUGUAACUACACACCAAGCUAUCUAAGUAAGAUGAAGAUAACCGCUGACCAGCCUAAAAAUUUCUAUAAAUUUCUGUCCAGUCAUUAUUUUCCUGUGGAAAGUUUUCCUCCAGUGGAAUACGAAAACGUGGCCAAUCCAGCGUAUGCGAAUCAUGAGCUUGAUGUAAUUGAAGCACAAAAGGCGGCAAGGCUUUUCAUGGAUAGCCUUCAUCAUCACUACCCUAGGCAAGUAUAAGCAAUAAUAUUCACCAAGCCAUAUGUCUAGCUGGCUACAGCCGGCUACAGCUCCGGUCAGUUCUGAGGCCUUUUUCUCCUUCCUGAAUGUGCCAGCUUACGAAAGCUAUUUUAGUUAACAUCUGUCUUGAAGAGACAGCCUGGAUUACACCGCUUCUUCAUAUUUUAAAGAAAACUAGAGUUACCCUAGUGCUACUCCACAGGGGACGUUGCUAGUGCGCUGAAAACCUCUCUUCUUGUAUGAGUUACUCGCUGCGAAUCGGACCAUUGUCUAGUUCACUAUUUAGCUCAAAGUAGGCCUUUUUACUAUUUUUUCUCACUAGAUUAAGAGUACACUUUAUCUGUAGUUUUCCCGUCUUCAAAAUUUUCUGUUAAACGUUUUAACCUUUCUGGCGAACAAUGAGUUAUUGUUCACGUAACUAAAUGUAAUUACCUGCCUGUAAAAUCAGCUCAAUUUUCGAAGCUUUCUUUCUCUUGUAUCUCUUGCAGGAAAUUCAAAAUUCUUGAACUUUUGAACGUCGAAAGGAAACUCGAUAAACAGUUAGGCAGCCGUUUCCUCUUAGAGUUUUUAGUAAAGGUUUCGGGACAAGACAAACCCGCCAUGAUUUCCGAAUUCGUCUUUUUGCCUAAAGAUUCCGAAAACUUGUGUUAUCCCAAAGGAUUGCAGUGGAAUAGACAAGCUAAAGUUGCUUUGGUGAUCUCAGCGAAAGACCAGGGCAGAUGGUUAGCACACUUCCUUAACAACUUACAGGAAAUGUACUCUGUAACUAAGGAUGAAAAUGUAGAAGUUGUGCUUUUCAAUUAUGAAAGUUCUGAUAUUAAUUUAGAGAAAGAGCUUGCUGUGAGGACUCUACCCCCCUGCACGGUCGUUAAUGCUCGGGAAGAGCACUAUUCUCGAAGCAAGUCUUUAAACAAAGGAGUUCAAGAGAUCCAGGAUCCACAUACAAUUAUUUUUGCUCUUGAUCUUCAUCUGGAUUUACCCAUUUCACUGUUUGAUGACAUCCGAAAAGUAAGUAAAUCCGUCUAUGAGAAAUUUCUGCAAUUUGAUUGGCUUAGAACACGUGUGAAAAUUAUAAACCUUUUGCGGGUAGUGGUAUAAACAAAUAAUAGCAUGAUUUGUACGUGAUAUUUGGCAUAAAUACCACUCGUGAUAUUUCAAAAUUGUCUCAAAUGUUACUCGCCUAACGGCUCGUUAAAUUUCGUAUGACAAUUUCGAAAUAUCACUCGAGGUAUUUAUGCCAAAUAUCACUACAAAUCAUGCUAUCACCUAUACUAGGUCUUCUCUGAUCAAUAAUAUUCACUAACUAGAUCAGCUUGUUUUAAACGGAAUGAAUAACAGACCCUUGUUCAAAAUGUGGAAACGCUGUUUACGCGAUAAAUCACUAUAUCAUGACGCCAUAUUGGUUUUCCCAAUACAUUAUCCAUAUGCUUAUCACAGUGGGACACAUUCUGACGUCAUUUCCAUGGCUUUCUAGUCAACUUGGACCAAUCGGCGGCGGGGACAGCACGCGUUUAUUGUUAAAGACGAUUUUACCGGUGAAUAGUGAUGAAAAACUCAAGUCAAAAAAGUAGUCUCGGGUCACCCUAUUGGGGUGGGACCCCAGUGACAAAGUUGACAUAUUUUGAGCAAACGUAUGCGAACAUUUGUUGGCUAUUACAAAUCGAUUAUCAUAGAGGUUUCCCUUUAACUUCUUAAUUUAAUAUCUAUGACAUCAAGUUAGUGGGGUUGCUAAUACCGUAUCUAAAUGUAUUUUUUUCCUUCUCAUGUACCGUACAGCACUGUUUUGAGGGACGUUCUGUGUAUACUCCAGUUAUCAUCCGUUUAGGAUGUGGCGAAACUCCUGCGAUGCCUCAAGGGAGUUGGGAACCAUUUGGAUUUGGUUUGGUUGGUAUUUACAAGGGUGAUUGGGACCGAAUUGGAGGUCUUAAUGAAAAGCGUUUUGGUACGAAAUGGGGAGGUGAAGACUGGGACUUAAUGGAAAGAGUUGUUAGCGAUAACAUGGAAUAUGAACGAGUUCGACAUCCUAAGAUUUUCCAUUACUAUCACUCAAGACGUGGGACAUGGACUGGUGACAAAGAUAUUUCAAAGAAAAGACCUAAAUAG